UUGUGAUUAAAACAGCUAAUGUAGCAUAUAUUGGAUAAUAAUCCAAAUAUGGAGCACUGGGGUAUAUGGGAUUGGACUAAAUUUAUUUGUUGCAAUCAUAGGCCAAUAGAAGUUGGCGAUCAUUUGCUCAGUUAUCCUCAGCCCAAGAAUGGCAUAACCGACUUACAAGAAUUGGUUGUUAAUAACAGAUCUGCACCGGCAGUGUAUCGGUCGGAGUACGACAACCAAUACUAUUAUGCAGACAAUCCCGUCGGUUAUUUUCCCGUCAAUUUAGACAACGAAAGUCACCGAAUUAUGGACGGGAUUAGACUUCAAUUGCAUAAACGUAAAGGCAAUUCGUGGCGCUCUCCUCCUGUCCGCAGAUCAACCGAAUCUCAGGUCACACUUCGCGGUUGGCUCUAUCGGCUCGAAGGGGCGGCACUUAAACAAUGGAAGAGGAGAUGGUGUGUCCUCGCAGACUAUUGUCUAUUUUAUUAUAAAGAUAUGGAAGAGGAAAGACUAUUGGGAUCACUAUUACUUCCGAGUUAUAAGAUAACUCCGUGUCUUAAUGAGGAUGGAAUCGCUCGCAAGUAUGCGUUCAAAGCAGAGCACAAUAAUAUGAAGACAUACUAUUUUGCCGCCGACUCUAAGGAAAGUCAGAGCCAAUGGAUGAACUCAUUGUCUUUGGCAUCUAUUAUGCAGUUGUCUACCGCUUUCUCUACCGUUCGCAAUGAUGGAGACGGACAGGAAGUUGUGGAUGAAAAUAAUGAAGACGAAGAGGAGUCUGGCUUUGUUUCAUAUCAGUCGCGACGAUCAAACUCCGGUGCAGUCAAUAAUAAUCAAUCGUAUGAAGAAAAUAUAGCUUCAGAUGACAAAUAUCCCGGUUCUUACAAUUCGGUAGGUCUUCCAGUAGUUUAUCAACAACAUAGACAACCAAUUCAACGAUCACAUUACGUGAACGCACCUCCAAAGCCAAAGCGCCAGUAUUAUGACAACUCAGACCUGUAUGUCAUUCCUCCGACAGCACAAUAUAAUAGUCACAGUCAUCAGACACCAGAUCUGAUAGCACAUGACUCCUAUAACAGCAAUUAUUUGCCAAAUAAUUAUUUCACACAAUCCUAUCCACCAUAUGAUGAACAAACGUCACCUCCAUAUCAUUUGCCGCCUCCCAGUCAAACCCCCCGGUUUUCUCAUCUCCCUCCGAGACCUCAUUCGGCAGACUUUCUGGAGCGCGAUCAGGAAGAUGAAGAAGAAGAUGAUGAGUGCCAAAAGAUUAUGCCAAACGAUGGUUUUACUACUGGUUCUCAACCAUCUGAUAACUAUUACAAUGCAUCGCAAACACAGGAACCGCCAAAUAUUAUGCCCGUCCGACCAAAAUCCAGUCUCGAUCGGUACGAUCCUUAUUCCCGAUUCUAUUUAGAACAACAAACAAAUUAUGUAACGCCACCUAAUUAUCCAUCGGUACCGAACACUACAAAUCACGGUCACAAAGAGCCCCGUCCCUGGUCUGACUACUUGGUUAACGCCAAUAUUGUCACAUCUCCUCAAAGCGAUAAUCACAUCGCAAACCAAACCUUCUCACAUCACUUAUCGUCUUCACAUUUACCUCAUUAUCAUUCAUCAAAUGCCAAUUCCUAUGGUUUAGAUCCGGAAACCCCUCGAAACUAUCAACGAGAAGAAAGUCUUCAGCGUUUACUUGAAUGGAAGCAACGAAUGCUUCAAUCACCGCUAACCAAAAGAAAUUGGUCUCAACCUCAACAACAACAACAGCAACAGCAACAGCAACAACAACAGCAGUCACAACAACAACAGUCUCAACAACCACCGGUACCACCGAUUCCACAAUCAAUGCAACAACAAAGUACAAAACCAGUGGAACUGCCCUCCAGACCUCCUCUACCUGAAGAAUAUCGCUCAAAGUUCACAAUGAAGGAUGUAUUCAAAGUUUCGCAGCAAAAAGACAGAGAUUACAUACCAUCACAACAGUACCAACAAAGAGAAAGAUCAAAGAGUAUUGGAGAUGGAAGUGAAUUCGUGACACAAACUGAUGAUAACAUACAAUCACCACAAAAGAACACAUCAGUCAACUAUUCCUCAGAUGACGAGGCUGAACUAAGCCUUCAAAUGCUAAAUAAUAAACGAUUGAAUGACAAUAAAAUGAUUUCUCGGACGACACCUGAUUAUAUAAAUAUCAAUACGUUUGGCAAAGAUAGUGAUAAAGAGUCUGAUCUGGAUAUAAGUAAAGAGGAUUAUUAUAGGGCUUCCACUAUAUUUUAUCAGAGAUCACUUGAGUCGGGGCGACAAAGUAUACUCAUGAGUCCCAUUAGUUUUAAUGAGUCGGUCAGCAGCAAGAAUGACAGUAUUUCACAUUUAUUUAAUAAACACGAUUGGGAUGAAGUGGGUCUACCCGUUCCCGAUGAGGCAUCACUGGCCAGAACUGCAUCCAGAAGGAGCUUAAAAAGAGUUAACAAUACAAUCGAUUUAAUGGACAAAAAUGAAUUCCAUAGUAAAGAAUCAGAACAUGAAUUUAAUUAUGAAAAACGUGAAGAUGGAGAUGGAGUCGAGGAAUACUCUGUGAAAGGAUUGCUUAAGAAGUUUAACGAAAUAGAAACCAAAAACUUGAAGCCAAUUGAUAAUCAAAAUGAUAACAAACUAUUUAAUGAAGACCUCACCAUUAAAUCUAAUAAUGUAUUCAAUUGUGAUACAAACGGCAAAACACCAGUGAAUUGCAAUAAUAUUUACAAUAAUAAUCAUAAUUUGUUUGCAAAAAGUUAUGUCAGCGACAGUGAAAUGUUGGACAAUAACUCGUCGAUCGAUGAAGAAGAGAAUAAUACGUCAAAGUCUGCACCACUGAUGCUCUCUCCGCUGACCAAAGUGUUGGCUGAUCUCAGAAAGACUGCUGACGUUCGUAAAGAAAAGUUAUAUUCGUUAUCACGAAAUCUCUCGACUGUUACUAAACAGACAAAAGUGGAUCAAGUGAUCGAAACGAAAGAUGCGCUUCACUUACUCGACAAACAUAUUGAUAACGCGAGUUCUCACGAAGUAAAGCAUCACAACUGUGACCAACUGUCACAACAGCAAUCAGAUUAUCUUAAUAUGAAUACAAUUGCCAAAAAAGAUGAAGAUGUUUACAUUCAAAUGAACGGUAAUGAAGAGGUCGACAAAGAAAGUGACGCCGCAGAUGAUGCCGACGAUGAGGCCAGUCGUGACUUUGAUACUGUUGGCCAUCAGCCAGAAGUUAUCGCAGAAAAUGGUAUUAAACUGAAGGCCGGUUGCAAAGUAAGAACAUAUAAGAAACCUCGACCGGAACCGGUGCCUAAUCUGGCUGAACAUCUGAGUUCACGAAUGCCAUUAAACCCGAACCCGGCUUAUGAAGCACUCGGAGAUAUUUGCGUUACAAAUACUAGCAAUAAAGAGAAGAAGAGUUCUUCGCCUAAAGAAAUAAAUAACAAUAAUUGUACGGAAAAGCAAAGGUCUGCAAACGCACCCUAUUAUAUGUCUGAUCUGUUAUCAGAGGAACAACAGAUCGCAUUGCAAGAGAAGUUGGCCGCCCGUCAAACGGGUUCUCCGCCACCACUUCUUUCGCGAUGUAAUGCUCUAAAUAAUACCCGAUAUUUGGGGACCACAUCUCUUCAAAAAGGUGAUGUCGGCAAACGGGUUAAUAAUAUUAACACUAAUAAUAAUCAUAAUAAAAAUGAACCGACGGUUGUGUUAAAUAAUAGCAUUACAAACAACACACUAAACAAUGCCAUUCAAAGUACUGUAAUUCAAGCGACAGAUAGUAUAGAGAAUUCAUUGAAAUCACUAUUACUGCCAAAUGUGUCCAAAUUUAUUGACGCCGAGCGUAACAAAUAUGAAGCGGGAAAUACACUUCAAAAAGUGCCACAAAAUGAUAAAUCGUUUAUUGCCAACACUGGCAGCAAACGGUGCUUCACUCCUGACUUAAGCCAUUCCUCUCAAGUAAAGACUGAUCUCUCAUAUGAUGAACAAAUGAAUGGUUUUGUAGAUAAUUCAUAUUUUUUGAAACGUCGCUCAAAAUCAUUGGACGGUCUUAUAGACACUGCCGACAAUAACAGACAUAUCUAUGAAAAUCUAGAACAACAACAACAACAAACAUCACCAGAAAUUGUGCUCAAAGAAAACGAUUCUGUGUUCAUCAAUAGUGAUAAUAACUUAUCUGAUGACUCUAUGACUAUUGAAGUUAUGAGACGAGUCAGUCAAAGACAUUUUUCUGACAAUUAUAGUUUAAGGUCUUCAUCACUGAGUCAACAAUCCGUGCCAUUAGAGUUUGACGGUUUAAAUAAAGGUUUUGAUGUCUUCAGUGACAGUGAAUCUGAUUUGAGUUCAUUGAUUGAGUUGUCCACAGACUCCAUUUCGGGUCCAAUAAUGGCUGAAAAAGUCCGAAAGCGUCGGUCGUCUCACAAAAGGCGCUCAAAAGACGACUUAAACGCAUCCGACUCAGAGAUCCAGAAACCAAAUACAAGUAAACCUAUGCACGUAAAGCCUAAGUCAUUGCGAGAUCACAAGUCCUCGCGAUUGUGUGUCUCAACGGGUGAUCUAUUGGGCAAAUCUCAUGAAGAAUUGGUUUUAUUGCUAAUACAAUUGAGAAGAACUCAAUCACAGUUUGCCAAAAAUUGUGAUCAAUUGAGACUUCAGAUGGAAAGCGAAGAGAAGAUGAUUGAGAUUGAACCGCACAGAAGGGAUGAACAUAAACUCAAAUUUAGAGAAAUAAGGGAACAACUGGUCGAGUAUGAGAAGCAGUAUGACAUGCAAUCUCAACUCAUCCAAACUGUCGAUAAUAUGAUUAAAAUGCAUAAUCCUAUAAAUGGUGACGAUUUUAGUGAUAAAAGAGCAAAAGCCGUCUCAACAUCUGUCUUGGAUCAGGUGUCACUCGAAGAAGAAACAACACAUUUAUCUGUUCUUCAACAGGACAAAGAAAUUCUUGAACGCACUCUUGAAGGCGUCAAAAAUAAAGUCGCAAAAAUAGGUACCGAAUCAUCUGUUCCAGUCAUCAAUCUUGAAAAGCUUAAGAAACAGCAGCGUAUGAUUGAAGGAGAGUUAAGUCGAGUGAGAGGUCUUUUAACUCAUUCAGCCAAACGUCUUGAGGAGAAAGCGGCCGAAAACGCACAGAUAGAGCACGACGUGUUGAUCGCCAAAAAUAAACUCAAACAAGUCUUGGCCAAUGAAGAGGCCAUUGAAUCAAACAGAGCUCAAAAUCUUGAGGCAGAGUUAGCUCAGAUUAACCAAGUGAUCGAUGAUCUGCAUAACAGACGCGUUGAACUGAAUGCUGCAAUUGAGUCAAUCAAAGUGACCGAAAAGAAAAGAGAGAUCGUUCGGGCCAGUCCUACCGGGUUGGCCGGUGCCGUACCACUGCCCGGAAAAAAGAAAAUCACCACUACUUAUAUGGAAACAGAUCUCGAUUCAGGUACUACUCGAGAUUUGGCUCAUACACAAAGAAAUGGUGGUCUCGAUGGUGAAGACAUUCCUCUUUAUGAAAAUCUUGAAAAUAACAAUAAUCUGAUUGCAAACAACAAUAAUGUCAUCGACAACAUGACUGCUGAACAACUUCUUAGUAAACUACAAGCAAAUGAAGACUUAUUGUCUGGAAAUGUUGAGGAUAUCGUUGACGAACAGAUGCGACAAUUUUAUGGUAUUUUACCACAAAAACCAAAUGAAAUCAAAACAGUUAGGAUUGUUAAGAGAGAAGCAGAAAGAAGAAGAAUUAAUUUCGCUAAUUCUUCGUCAAAAAGUUCUGACGCUUUCUGGAGUAGUAGUCAAUUGAGUGACAGUGAGUUUAUGGCCUCCGGAUCUAUUGGUGGUAUUGGAUCCAUUCCACCGCCAUAUUAUUAUGAAGAUCAUGAUUUUGGCGACGGCGACGAUAUUUUCAAUAAUUUUGGCCAAAAGGAUGAGUGCAAUGAUGACAAUAAUUGUUUGAUUGAUAGUCUUAAUUCAGAAUUUCAAAGAACUCAUUUGUAUAAUAAUUCAAAUAAUAUUAAUAGCAAAUCUGUAUCAAAUGAUAACCAAUUAUUACAUCAACAACAAGAGCUCUUCUGUAGGCCUGAGCGCACCCGAAGUGCCUCUCUAUCACUUCCAUCUACUUCUUGCAACUCUACAUCUGCUCUCAAUUCUGCUUCCUUUCCAUUCCGUUUGACACACAUUCGGCGACUUGAGUCCAAAUAUGGCCGACUCGGGCCCACCCGCAGACAUCAUACCAUAUCUAGCAGUCAGCCUCACUUAAAUCAUAGCAGUUAUCAUUCGAUUUCAAAGACAUGGCGUUCAAGAGAUGAUACAGACAUUGAUCUGCAGAGUCGUAAUGUUAACACACCCGACAUCGUCAAGAGUACCAUCAAAAAGAAUGAUGACUUCGACGACAAGUUCAUUGAACGUGAAAUAAUGCUUCCAAAGAAGAUCGAUAUCCCUGAGCGCUACGUACGCGAUGACGAGCCCGAAGAGAUAUCGGCCUCAGAAAAACUGAAAAGAAGUCUUAAAGCAGAGAUGAUUCGCAAAAUGCUAAGCGAAAGCACCACUUAUGAAGAUGUCAGACGAGAUACCAAUCAACACAUGAUAUCAUCUUCCUCUUCAUCAUCAGCUUUAGGCUCUGAAGAAAAUAUUUUAAAUGAUGAAUCAAAAGUCAAGUUAAAUGAAGAGAAGAAACGUAGGGCUCAAUUGUUAGCGUUGAACCACGAAUUGGCCAAAGAAGUGAUGGAAAGGAGUAGAAUAGUUGCAGCUUUGGCCACAUUGACCACAGUUGAUGAUAAUAACACCUUUAGAUCAUUUGAAGAAAUGAAAAAUUUAAGUGAAAAAGAUUUAAUUGAAAUGAUUGAACGCGAAUGGCCUCAAACUAAUAAAACAAAUUAA